UUGGUAAUGAAAGGGCAUGAUAUUGAGCUACAAAGAAUCAGCACAAUUAUGACAACCAUAGAUCUCUCAAGCAACCAUUUUGAAGGUGUCAUUCCGAAAACACUAAAGGACCUCAGCUCACUUUGGCUUCUCAAUUUAUCCCAUAACAAUCUCAUAGGUCAUAUUCCAAUGCAAUUGGGGCAAUUGAAUACACUUGAAGCUUUAGAUCUCUCCUGGAAUCGGCUCACUGGAAAGAUUCCACAGGAAUUGACAAGAAUGAACUUUCUGGCAUUCUUAAACGUUUCUCAAAAUCAUCUCGUCGGACCAAUUCCCCACGGUCCACAGUUCAACACAUUUGAAAAUGACUCGUAUGGUGGAAACCUUGAUUUAUGUGGUUCUCCUUUAUCAAAACAAUGUGGAACAAGUGAUCCAUCACAUGUUCCUCAACCUUUGGAGGAAGAAGAAGAAGAUGAGUCAUAUUUUUUUAUUGGAUUUACGUGGGAAUCAAUAGUCAUAGGCUACAGUUUUGGACUAGUUGUUGGAACUGUCAUGUGGAGUCUCAUGUUUAAAUAUCGUAAGCCAAAAUGGUUUGUGGAAUAUUUUGAUGGACUCAUGCCUCACAAAAGAAGAAGGCCAAAGAAGAGAGUUCAGAGAUGAAGGACUUGA